AUGCUCGCAAAGAAGUACAGUCUAUUGCGCAAGUAUCGAGUGAGAGCUACCGAGGUGUUUCUGCCAAGAGCGAGAAGGACAUGCAAAAUCGGCGGAGACACGGAAGCACGCGGAACGCCUUCGACGCGCAUGCUCAAGACAAUGUACAUGUAUCUUGGCAACAACAUCUGA